AUGAACCUCAUCAUCUUCUCUCUCAACAACUGCAUGCGUUGUUCAUACCAUUCCAGAAAUCAUCAUCAUCAUCAUCAUGUUAAACCUAGAAACACCCAUUGGUGGCUGAUCUUGUUUCUGUUAUCAUGCACUAUUGAUCACUUGGUAUCUGGUUCAAACAUUCCAACACACUCAAACUUCUUUCGAGCUGUGUCUAGGGGAAGACAAAGAGCUUUAGUUUUAGGAUGUGAAAGUGACCCGAAUUUCUGUUCCAAUCCUGAAAAGAAUCCAUGGGGAGGCUCAGUGUGUUGUUUUGCGAAGUUUUGUAAGAAUGUUAUGUCUGAUGGCAACCAUUGUGGAGUUUGUGGACAUGUUUGUGGGUAUCAACUUGUUUGUUGUGAUGGGGAAUGUGUAGAUGUUAGAAAUGAUAAUCGGCAUUGUGGUGGUUGCUUUGAGGAGUGUAGUGGACAAGGUAGGUGCUCCUAUGCCAUGUGUGAUUAUGGUUGA